CACACGAGUCAAGGUGCUCUCUUCACUCUGGUGGUGCGUAGCAAAAUGGCCGCCCGACUUGACUGAGUGAGUGACGUUUCUCGCAAGGUGUUUGCGUUUACGCGACCGCGCCGCGCAGUUUUCCAUGAGUAUUCGCACGUGUGGCGCACCACGAUUGCCGCAGCACAGUGUCUCGCGUCCGCUCGUGUCCGCGCGGAGGUUAUCUGAUCGUCAGACGGCCAGGAGCGAGUGCAAGCGCCGAGUCUCGCUGCACGGUACGUCUCGCCGUGGACGCACUUAGAGGAGCAGCACUCUCAGAAGAUGGAUACCCGGUGCGAAGCAUAGGUUGAUAGAGCCUACUGUGUGGCAGCUGCCAUGCCAACGUACCACAAUGCGGGUGGCGGAUACCCGAAUGUGUCAGCGCCAGCGCGGCAAGCGAAGCUCGACGGCAAUCAAAAUCAUCACACUAUCCCUUCAAACGUAACAUCCCAUCCCCUCAUACAAAACAGCAUCCAACAACAGCAGCAGCAGCAACAGCAACAGCACGGCGUUCCUUCCAACCUGAAUACAGGUAACAUUCCGUCCCAUCCAGUAUCGCCGACAAUGACCACGCAUUCGAGCGUUACCACCCCGAGCAUCACCACGCACAUGAACACUGCGUCCACGCCGGUGAUCCUCACGUCGAACACCAUCAAUCCGGGCAACACUACCGCAUUGCCGGUCAAUCCGCGGCAUGAAGUGAAGCUGAAUGCGAUGCCAUGGUUCCACGGAAAGAUAUCGAGGGAGACGGCAGAAAGGUUGUUGCGGCCGCGAGAGGACGGUUUGUUUCUAGUCCGGGAGUCGACGAAUUUUCCCGGGGACUACACGCUCUGCGUGUGCUACCAAGGCCGCGUGCAGCACUACAGGGUGAAGUAUAAGAACAAUCAGUUGACGAUCGACGACGAGGAGUUCUUCGAGAAUCUGGCGCUGCUGGUCGAGCAUUACGAGCAGGACGCGGACGGUUUGUGCACGCAGUUGACCAAGUCCCUACCCAAGCAGGGCAAGCAGGACUUCUGCGUGGACCCGAAGGCGUUCGUAGAGGCUGGCUGGGUGAUUCAGACGCACGAGCUAGAGUUGAGGGAGUGCAUCGGUAAGGGAGAAUUCGGGGACGUGCUGCUGGGCGUCUAUCGAGGGGAGAGAGUCGCGGUGAAGAUGCUGAAGGACAACAGCGAGGCGGCGCAGAGGUUUCUGGCCGAGGCGAGCUUAAUGACCUCAUUGAUUCAUGACAAUCUGGUUAAAUUACUUGGUCUCGUUUUUAAUAAUCAACACAUGUACCUGGUUACGGAGUAUAUGAGCAAGGGAUCCCUAGUGGAUUACUUACGGUCGAGAGGAAGAUUACAUGUCUCGAGGAAGGAUCAAAUCAACUUUGCAUACGAUACGUGUGCCGGUAUGGCGUAUCUGGAAUCCAGACACGUCGUGCAUCGAGACUUAGCGGCGAGAAACGUCCUCGUGGCGGAGGACAAUUCCGCCAAGGUGUCCGACUUCGGUCUGGCGCGGGAUGAAAAUUUCUCUCUCGACGGUGGGAAAUUGCCGAUCAAGUGGACCGCACCGGAGGCUUUAAAACAGAACAAGUUUUCAAACAAGUCUGACAUGUGGAGCUUCGGGAUUCUCCUCUGGGAAAUUUAUUCCUUUGGUCGCGUACCGUAUCCGCGAAUUCCUUUAGCCGACGUUGUAAAAUGCGUGGAGAAAGGAUACAAAAUGGAACCACCGGACGGCUGUCCCCCAGAAGUUUAUGACAUCAUGAGACAGGCGUGGGAUUUACAGCCAGAAAAGAGACCGAGUUUUCACGAUAUAAAAGUGACGCUCGGCCAGUUGAGAGCUGAGUACACCAAAGGCGUGAAUUAAUAAGGAACUUAUUACAGUUUAACUGAGGUUAGCGGAAACUGGAGCCGGGAAGGGACCGGUGUGUCCGAAUGAUUUCUUGUUUACGGAGCAAAAAUAGUGCUUUUUAACUAUUUUUAACAGAACGAAAGGGAAGAGACAGGACUUCGAUUGUACAUUGUAAAAAACAUAGUAUUCGCUUUGAUUAUAUUUAUUGUUAUUUUAGUUUUUGAUGAACGGGGAGAGUUUUAAUUUUGAUAUGGUAAUAUUUUGCAUAAAGCAUUACCUACGUCAAUCGUGCCUUUGUCCAAGUUGAGGUUCUCGAUUCGGAAGUUCAACUUGUACAUGUGAAGAAUCCGGAUGCUCUCGGGAUAAAAUCAACAGAUUUAAAGACGGAUAAUCUAACAUGAUCGCCUACUACUUAACUUUUAACAGUCAUUUUUUUAACUGUAUCCUGGCGAUAGUAAAACUAGUUUCGUGACUCCCACAGUUUUUCUCUAAAUGAUUCAAACCUUUUUUUAUUUCAGAGCACAAAAAUAACGCGUAUGUGCACCUAUUAAAUUUACAUCGGGUUUAUAAAACAUGUGCUAUUAUUCAGUCUCGUCCAUUUAUCCCGUUGGGAUAUUGAUUAUUAUUUCGUUUCCUUGUUAGAAAUUGUAUAAAGAAAAUUUAAUUUACGAUCUGUAAUGUUAUUAAUGUAAAAGAUUUGCUUCAGCAAUAUUAUAAGUUGCGAGUAUUUGUUUAGUUGUUUAAGCUCUUUGAUCAAAGAUUUGUCGUAGGAAAUAUUAAGUUUUAACUAAAUUAUUGCAAUUAUGACGCACCAUUAUUUAAGUUGUCUCAUGAGAUAUUCGACUGCAUUAGUGGUGUAAAUGUAUCUCUCUCUCUCUCUUUGUAAAUAUUUUUGUAUAUAUUUAUUCAUAAAAAAAUAUUUCGAGAACAAUUAAUAUUGGUUCAGAGAGUUAACAAAAAAAUGUUCAUAUCUUUUCUUUUAGAUUUAAGACUAACACGUACUACGAGAAUGUCCAUACACAAUUGCACCACGCCAAAAAUUGUCAACCGUUUAUAUUAUUAAUCUUUAUAUAUAUUAAAAAGCAUAUUAAGUGCGACAUCACUUUCCGUAAGCUGUCGUUCAUUUUUCAUGAAAGAUUCUGCCAACAAUAACGAGACGGACUAAUUGUGACGGUUUUGACGGCCGUAUUUCUAAAUAAUGCUAAAUAAUAAGCUAUAAACUAUGGAGAAGAUCAAAUAUAUUAUUUAUUCUUUAAGAUAUCGCGAGUUAUGAGAUCUGUAAAAUUGUAGAUAUUAAAUUCUUGUAUGUCAUAUAAUUAAAAAAAGUAUAAUAAAUUUUUCAUUAAUUAAAUGUCACGGGGUAUCUAAUAUACACACACACACACACACACACGUGUGUGUGUGUGUGUAUGUAUGUAACGAUAUGCAAAGUACUGCGCAUUGACACUAUUACGCAAUGACUUGUUGAACUUUGGAAAGUGACACGAUCACUCAAUUCCUGAAGACGAAACCUCUCACAAUAGAAACGCAGAGACUGUUGCGACUGAUUGAAUACUUCCGAACGAUAUGUAGGUUUGAUCUUCCUUCCGCAAAUGUCUCCUCAGUCUGCAGUUUAGACGUAGUGCCGUAAGAAGUCUCAAGCAUUUUUAUCCUAAGUACACCGAGUCCGUUUGUAACUUUGAUAUUACGAUACGUACUUUGAGACGCACGUAUUAAUCACGCGUAUUUAUAUGGCUCUAACUCGUACACUCGAUUGCCUUUUUUAAUUUCGCAGAACGCGACGUCUGCGUAUUAUUACGUAUUAUUAUUUGCAAUUUGUACUCGCCAAUUCCUCCAAACUUGAUCUUCGUUCACGUUUUUCAAAUGCCAAUUCUGUCCCCGACGUUUCACUCGCGGGUGAACAUUAUCUUGUUGUUCAUUGGAGAGCGUUAUAUAUGUAGAAUAGUGCAGUGUGACGUUGUUACUUAUACUUGUGCAUUUCGAAUAUGUACAUGGGAUUUUCGUUGUUACGAUAUUAGUUUUCUUACAACACCAAUGCGUUAAAUCCGUUUUAUUUUCUACUGAUAAUAACCGUUCGAUUAGAAUGUAAGAAAUCUAAUAUAUAUAUAUAUAUACACACAUACAUAUUAAACGAUAAAAUUAGAUUGCAAAAGAUCAUGCAAGGGAAUUCAAUCGUACUCGAUAUACAUGUGUUCACAUUGUAACGGGAUGAUAUAUGUUAACUUGAUGCGAAUGUAUGUGAGGACAUGCGACAAAUACUUGCUCCUUUUUGUGAGAUUUCGAACGAACGACUGAGAGCAUUGAAAUCUAUCGUCGUAUCGUUAUUGUGCCGCGAUUCUAAAGAUUCUCAGUAGACAGCUAUAGCGACAAGGAUAGAAAUUACUGACGAAAGAAUAAAAGUUAUUAAUAAAGGAAAAAAAGUUACACUAUA